AUGGCCGCCUCUCGCAUUCACGUUGCUUUUCCUCUUCAACUCCUCAUUCUCGUGGCUGUAACACUCACAGUGUCGCGUCCUCUUGUAGCGGGGACAAAUGCACCAGCCUCUUUCUCUGCAGACUUUUCAGCAGCGGAUGCGAAUGGGGAAUAUUUGCGUCCGCGCCUAUCCGUGGCGCACAGGAAACUCGCCGCCGAGACUGGCGCCGAAACUUACGCCGAAACUUUCGCCGUGACGUCCGGCGCAACUCGCGCCGCGAAAUCCGGCCAGUCCGCCGCAGCAGCAAGAGCCGAGCACGCCGCGGCGGCAUUAACGGACAUUACAGCCGUUUAUGACGCGGAUGCGGAGUUUCCGGGCCCUCGAGUCACGACAGCAACGCAAAAGGGAGCAGAUGCAACGGAUGCUGUUGUAGCGGACACGUGGCAGCGUGUAACUGGCUCCGCGGCAGUGGGAGGGGAUCGGCGAAUCAUGGCAGAGGGGGAGGCGCGAAAGGGAACUGUCUCACGGUGGUUCGGACUGAAGCGAGAUAGUGGAGAAGGGAAGGGUUGGAGGGGGACGGGUGCAACAGGGAUUGGGACAGGUGAAGGGGAGAGAAAGGGAGUGAGGGAGGGAUCGAGGAUGGGAGUGACGAUGGGGAGGGGUAAUGCUGCGGGAAAGGGUGAUAAGGCAGAGGGAGAGGCGGAGGAGGAGGAGGAGGAUGAGGAAGAGGAGGAGGGAGAGGAGGAAGAAAAGGAGGGGGUUGGGAAAUCAGCCAAGGGAGGGGGCGGCCUUGGGAGUAUCGGGGAAAGUGGUGGAGCGACAUCCAGAGGUGAUAGUGUUGAAGGUGAUAAUACCGGAGGGAAUAUUGUGCGAGGGGUUGGGAAAGUCAAGGCAGAGAAGCAAGAAGGAAAGGAAGCGGAGGAGGAGGAAGGGGAAGAGGAGGAGGAGGAGGAAGAAGAGGGGGAAGAUGCGAAGGAGGGUGGGGGAGGAGUGAAACCUAGUGGAGAGGGGGUGUUGGGAAGGAGAGGCAGUGGGACAGUCAUUGGCGGUCAAACAGUCAACAAUGAUGCUGUGAGGAGAGGUGGAGUCACAACGGAGGGGGUGACACUAGCAAGGGGAGGUGGCUCUGUGCUGACGAAUUCGCCGGAUUCGAACACGGAGAGAGCAGUGGGGGUGGGGGUGGGGGUGGGGGUGGGGGUGGGAAUGGGAAGGCUGGCGGGUGAGGGGAAGGGACGGGAGAAGACGCAGGUAGCAGGGCAGGAGGAGAAGGAGGAGAAGGAGGAGGAUGAAGAGGAAGAGGAGGAAGAAGAGGAAAGGGAGGCGGGGGGGAAGGCAGGGGAGAAGGCGACUCAAGGCAAGCAAGGAGCCGCGGCCGUUACCACGAGAGGAACUGAUGCAGCCGGGACUGCUGCUGUAGCUGCUACAGCUGGUAACACUGGUGGCUCUUUCUCUACACUGCAAACUGCUGCUGGCAAUGCGGUGAAGAAGAAUGUGGAGGAGGAAGAGGAGGAAGAAAAGGAAGAAGUGGAAGAAGCAGGGGCGAAGACGUCGCAAGAGAAACAAGGAGCCACAGUCCAAGCCACAACCCUUACCACAACUGGAACUGGCGCAGCUGGGGCUGCUACUGUAGCGGCUACAGCUGCACGCACUGGCACUGGCAGCUCUUUCUUACCACUGCAAACUGCUUCGGGCAGCGUGGUGAAGAGAAGUGCCGAUGAGGAAGAGGAGGAAGCUGAGGAGGAAGAGGAGGAAGAAGAGGAAGCAGGGGCGAAGACGUCUCAAGCAAAGCAAGGAGCCACACCCCUUACCACAACUGGAAUCGACACAGGUGAAGCUGCUGCUGUAGCCGCUACAGCUGCUGGCACUGGCAGCGGCAGCUUCAAUUCUCCACUGCGAAGUGAUGCUGGCAGUGUGAUAAAGGAGAAGAAAGAGGAAGAGGAAGAGGAGGAGGAAGAGGAAGAGGAGACAGAUGCAGAGGAGAAAACGACUGUGGCCACGCACGGACCUGUGCUUCAUACCACAGUGGGAAGUGACGCAGCUGGGGCUGCUGCUGUAGCGGCUACAGCUGCUGGCGCUGGCACUGGCACUGGCAGCUUUGAUUCGCCACUGCAAACUGCUGCUGGCAGUGGGGCCAAGAAAGAAAAGGAAAAAGAGGAGGAGGAAGAGGAAGAAGAGGAAGAGGAGGAGGAGGAGGCAGAGGAGGAGACGUCUCAAGCCAAGCAAGGGACUGCGUCACUGAGCGAUACAGGCGCUGCUGCGGCUGGUGCUACAGUGCCUGCUACAGCCGGUACAGCCGGUGCAGCCGGUACAGCCGGUACAGCUGCUACAUCCGGUGCAGCUGGCACAGAUGCAGCUACAGGCGGAGGUGCUGGGAGCUCACUGUACCCGUUAAAGACUGGUGCUGGCAAUGUGGUGAAGGAGGAAGGGGAAGAGGAAGAGGAGGAGGAAGAGGAGGAGGAGAAGGAGAAGGAAGAGGAGAAAGGAGAGGGAGCAACCAGCAGCACUGAUUUCGGGAGUAGUGGCAGAGGAGGUGGUGGUAGUGGUGGGGAUCCCGAGGAGGUUGAAGGGACGAGCGUGGUGGGGAAAGGGCCGCCAGAGACCGGCUCUUUAGCUAGUGCUGCUACUGUUACUGGUGCUGGUUAUGCUGGCGCUGGUGCUAGUGGUGGUGGUGGUGUUGUUAGUGGUGCUAGCGGUGCUGGUUCUGGUGCUGCUUCUUCUGGGUUAAGUUCUGAUGGUGCUGGUGGUAAGAAGGCAGGGAGGGCGGGAGAUGAAGAAGAGGAGGGGAGUGAGGAGGAAGAAGAGGAGGAAGAGGAAGAAGAUGAGAAGGUUGGGGUGAAGGAGAGAGGUGUGGCAGGGGAGGCGUCUGAAGGCAAGCUGUUGGAUGGUGCUUUGAGUGGUGGUGUGGUUCAGUCAGAGGCGAGACGGUCGGGAGUGAAUGAGCCCGAAUUGAGCAAGGCAGGAGUGAUUAAGUCAGGAGCGACUAAGUCUGGAGGAGCAGCAGAAGAAACGGUGGCGAAGGGAAAGCAAGGUGCUGAGGAGAAGGAGAAGGAGGAGGAGGAGGAGGAAGAAGAAGAGGAGGAGGAGGAGGAGGAGAAUGGGAGGGGGAAGGAUGAAGAGAAGCCAGGCACAAAGACAGCGCUGGGUGGAAAGGGAGAAGCAUCAGAAGGUGAAUCAGAAUCGGAGCAUGUAUCGCAGGUUACAACAUCCGGUUCUACAGAUUCGUUCGUGAAGGCUGGUGGCAUGAGCCGUGGUGUGACUGUAGGAGGAGGUGAUUCAAGGGGUGGUAGCAACGGGAGAGAUAGGCUGGAGAAGGGAGGGAUUGGAGGCGAGGGAAGAGUGAAGGGGGAGGACGAGGAGGAGGAGGAAGAGGAGGAGGAGAGUGAAGAAGUGGAAGAGGAAGAGGAGAGUGUAGGAAAGCGGAAGGAAAAGGCAGAGGCUGGUGGUGCUUCAGCUGCUGCUUCAGGUGUUGGCUCUGAUGGUGGUUUGACGAAGCCUGCGACAACUGGAACCCGAAAACGGACUGGAAUGGGAGAUUCAAGUAUAAGUGCAGGUAGUUCUGAGUCGACUCGAAUUAGCGAAAGUGGAGGUGCAGGUAAGCAUACAGGGGCAGCAGCUAAGAGUGGUGGCAGUAAGGCAGAUGAAGAGGAGGAGGGUGAGGAGGAAGAGGGGGAAGAGGAAGAUGAAGGGAAAGAAGAUAGGAAACAGGAGGAGAGAGUAGGGACUGGCGAGGAGGGGGUGAGAGGGGAGAGGGAGGGUGGAGAGGUGAGAGGGGAGAGGGUGGGUGGAGGGGUGAGUGGAGAGUGGGGUAAGAAGAGUGGGACGCGGGAGGAGGGGGAUGCAGGCACGAGGAUGGAGGGGAUUGGCCGAGGUGGCCGGGAUGGUGCUGUUGGUGAGAGCAGGGAGGACGGAAGGGCAGAGACAGGUGGGAUUCCUGUGAGAGGAAAGGAGAUUGAAGAGCAGAAGGAAAAGGAGAAGGGUGAGGAAGAGGAGGAGGAAGGAGAGGAGGAAGAGGAGGAAGGGGAGGAAGAGGGAAAGGAGGAGGAGGAGGAGAAGAAAAGUGUGGGGAGAAAGGCUGGUAAGGGAAAGGGGAGAAAGGGAGUGUCAGGACGUAGAGGAGAAGCUGGGGAGGAGAAAGAGGAGUUUCAGGAGAGCGAGGACGAGUCAGAAGGGAAGGAAGAAGAGGAAUCAGAAGGGAAAACGUCAAUGAGGGGUGGGUAUACAACGGCAGGGCAUCAACAGUCGAGGGCAGAGGAGGCGGAGGGAGAUAGUGAGGUGAGUGAAGCUGCUGCUGUUGCUGUUGCUGCUUCUGCUGGUGGUGGUGGUGCUGACGCGGAGAAGGCGAGGAGAGGAACGGAUGGAGGAGAGGAAGGGGCAAUGGGGGAGCGGAAGGUGGGGAAAGGAAAAGAGGGAAGUAGAGGUGAUGAUGAGGAUGAGAGUGAGGAUGAAGAAGCAGAGGAAGAAGAGGAAGUGGGCGAGGAGAGUGGUGAGAGGAAGAAGAGAGGAUCAGAGGGGGAGGAGGGUCGUGGGGAGAAGAAGGGAGGGGGAGCGGAGGAAGAGAAGGGAAGUGACGAGGAGGGAGAAGAGAAGGGGGAAGGGAAGGGAGAAGGGAAGAAGAGAGGUGAGGAGGGUGGGAUAAAGGAGAGCAGAUCAGCAGGGAAGGAAAAUAUGGAGGCAGAGGAGGGAGAGACGGAUGGGGUGGAGGAGGGAGAGGAAGGGGAGGAGGAAAGGGGAGGAGGUAAAGGUGGCAAAAGGGCCGGAGUGGUGGGAGAAGAGGAAGAGGGUCGAGGGAGGGAGGGGGAAACGGAGGGGGUUAGGGACGAGGGAAGGGAGGAUGAAAGAGAGGAGGCAACGGAGGAGGAGGGGGAGGAGGAAAGGGAGGAGGGUAGAAAGGAGGGAAGGGAGCAGGAAAGGGAGGAGGAAAGAAGGGAGAAAAGGGAGGGAGAGGGUGGUGGUCUUCAUUAUAAGACAGGUGGGGAGCGUGUUAGCGGUGGCGACGGUGGUGAUGAUGGGGGAGGGGAGCGGGAGUGGGGAAUGAGAGGAGGUGAGCGUGAGGGUGGAGUAGGAGGAGAAGGAAUGGGAGGAGGAGGAGGAGGGGAUCCUGAUGAUACAGGAAUGGGGAGAGAUGCUGGGGUCGAUGAGAGGCAGCAAGGGGAGGCUGGGGAAUCAGGAAGUGGAGAAGGAAGGGGAGAGCACGAGAGCAAUGCUCCAAGUGACCUCUCUUCCUAUGCUGCUGCACGCGGUGACACCACCCAUGGCCAGAGGGAAGGCGACCCUUCCUAUGGCCACGCACAGGGGCAGCCAGGCAGUGAGUUUGGCAGAGCACAGGGGCAGCAAGGCAGUGAGUUUGGCAGCAGCAGCGGCGGCGUCGGAAGGGAGACGGAAUUUGGCAGAGAGCAGGGGCAGCAAGGCACCGACUUUAGCAGCAGCAGCAACAGCAACACGAGGGAGAAUGAGUUUGGGGGAUCACAUUGGGAGCAAGGCAGUGAGCCUGGCAGCGCACAGGGGGGGCAAGACACUCAUUCUGGCAGCGCACACGGGGGGUUGGCAAGGGCGGAAAUGGGAAGCAGCAGCGACGUGAGUGUCCCCGACGACCACUCCCUGGGCCUGGGGCUGGGCUUUGGACAGGUAGCAGCAGGAGAAGACACGGACUGGGACGUGCCCCUGCCGCAGCCCGUGCUACAGACGCGGGCUCAGGCUGUAGCGGAUGGGUUCAGAGAGGCUGCAGGGCGAUUCGUGCCCAUGCUGCCCGUUGAACAGGUGAAGCGGGUGGAGGAAGCUGCCAAGAAGUUUGCCAAAGAUGGAACCAUCAUCUUUGCAGCAGCAUCGUAUGUGUACCUGCCUCUCUUCCGCAACUGGGUCACCGCUCUCAACCGCAUUAGCCUGUCUAACCACUUCCUGCUCUUUGCCCUCGAUCAGGCCAUGUACGUGGCAGUGGAGGAUGCCUAUCCCGGCCAUGCCAUGUGGCUCGAAGUGGCAAAUUUGACCCAGCAUCCUACACCGCGACCCACCGCUUUCCACCACCUCGGCUCCCCGGAGUUCCUCCUGUUGGCCGCCCGCCGCCCCUUCUUCGUGCGAGCGCUGCUCAAGGCUGGAGUGAACGCCCUUUACAGAACCCAUUCGUUCCCCUGUGCUCCCUCUCUGUUCCCCACAUCUCACUGCAGUGAUCUUGACACAGUGUGGCUCAAGAAUCCCCUCCCCUCCUUCCCCCCCGCCCUCGACAUGUGGCUCAAGAGCCCUCUCCCCUCCUUUCCCCCCGCCCUCGACAUCACCUUUCAAGACGAUUCCCACCUCUUCUCCCCCGGAGAGCUCUCCCCUCUCCCACUCCCCUCCUCCCCCUCCUCCUCCUCUCCUUCCAAUUCCUCUCUCGCCGUCCCUCUCCCUUGGUCGCAAAUCGCCCGAGCCUCUCCGUGCCUGGCCCUGUUCCGCCAAACCAAGGCCACCGAAGCUGUGGUGGAGGAUUGGGCGCGGAGAAUGGCAACAGUAGACUACACCUACGCCGUGCCUAGCAGCGACGUACCUCUGCUGCAAAAGGCCCUAUUUCAAAUGGCCAAGGAUGGAAAACCUCUCAAAGUGGGUAUUUUACCUCAAGAAUCCUUCCCUCCUGGGUGGCUUGCCUUCAGCCCUCUAGGUUCCUCCUCCCCUUCAGUUUCAUCCUCGUUAGAAGCCUCCCAGUUACCAAGAUUAGGAUCUGAAUCGCUUGUAAAGGACCAGCUGCCGUCGUCGCUGUCGUUUGGUGGAGCGGUAGAGAGGGGGGUAGAGGGGAGUGUGUGGUUGCAGGAGCACAGGGAGGAGGUGGUGGUGGUGCAUUGCAAUGCUGCUCGCCUGCUGCCGUUCAAGAUAGAUGCGAUGAAAGCCGGCACAAGCUCUUUCGGUAUGAGAGAGUUGCUGCAAGAUGACACCAAGACCUUACGAGAGGGCAAGCUCCUGGCGGAGACUCUCGCGGAUGCAGCCGGAGAAGCGACCCAGGCAGCAGCCGCUGGCACUAAGGGGAACAACAACGGGUGGGGUGGAGGGGCGGAGAGCGGUUCAGAGGGGUGGAAGGAUGCGCUGUGGUCUCCAGCGAAGCUUCUGGACGCGUUCGUGACGAGCCUGUCCAUGAUCCUCGUCAGCGAGAUCGGGGAUGAGACGUUCAUCAUCGCUGCUCUCAUGGCCAUGCGUCAUCCGCGCAGCAUUGUGCUGGCUGGAGCGCUCUCUGCUCUUGGGAUCAUGACAGUGCUAUCAACGGGACUGGGUCUCAUAGUGCCCAACCUUAUUUCCAGAAAGGCCACCAACAGUGCUGCCACAGUGCUGUACACCUUCUUUGGCCUGCGUCUGCUGUACAUCGCGUGGAGGGCCGACCCCAAAGAGUCUGCUGCCAAGGAGAUGGAAGAGGUGGAGGAGAAGCUAGAGAGCGAGGAGAACGACAAGGGCAGGCACAGAGGCAUUCGCAAAUUCUUUGCUGGCUUCUGCACGCCUGUAUUCCUCGAGGCCUUCAUCCUCACCUUUCUCGCCGAGUGGGGUGAUCGCAGCCAGAUUGCAACCAUUGCUCUGGCAGCACACAAGAACGCCUUGGGAGUGACGGUGGGGGCGACGCUGGGCCAUGUGGUGUGCACCACCAUUGCAGUGGUGGGCGGCAGACUGCUCGCCCUGCGCAUCUCGCAGCGCACUGUAGCUAUGAUGGGAGGAGCGCUGUUCCUCAUAUUUGCCGUCCACUCGUACUACUCCCCUAUAGAGUAA